CUUUUUCUCUCUCUGUCUCUCUCUCUCUUUCUGUAUCUCUCUUUCUCUGUCUCUCUCUUUCUCUAUCUCUCUUUCUCUCACACAGACAGCCACACACACAUAUAGUCAAGUACACUUGUGACAAUAAUAAACAAUUGUUUGUUAGUACUAGUAGUAGUGAUAUGUGUGUGUGUGUUUAGAUGCAGCGCGGGCCAGCUUGGCCAAUGUUUCACAGUCAGAUGAGGAACCCAGCAUGUAUUACCAUGGCUACACCAGACUAAAGGGGUGUAGUUCCAUGCCAGACCUGCAGAGAGAGACUCUCCUGGAGGAGCUGGAGCUGGAGGCCCUGCCUACCAGACCCCAGUCGCCUCUGGUGCUGCUGGCCACUGGGCCCUGCUCCAACAUCGAGAAGCCCAUUGACCCUGCCCACGACCUCAGGAGGUUGCUACAGGACAGAGUGAUUGUGGAUCAGGCUGUGACAGACUCUGACACAGACCUCCCUCCUCUGAUCAAGGCCCUGGCGUGGAGAGGUUCCACCAAACUACAACAGCUCACACACACUCUGCAGAAACAGGAAGAGGAGGGGGAGAAGAGGGAGGGUGCCAGUGGAGGAAGGUACAGGGUGCCAGUGGAGGAACCGAUGCACCCCCAGGGAGCUGUGGUGAACGUGGCCCUGUCCCACGUCUCUCUAGCCCGCACAGCCGCCGCCCGCGUCUCAGACAGGGUUCUCCGCGACACCAUUAACAUCCACACGUACCCACCCGUCUACAACUACCUCACCAAAGAGCUUGAGCUCUCUUCAGUGCAAUGGCUGGAUCGUAACCUGUUUGCCGGGGAAGAAAUAAAGGAAGUCUAUAAGGAGUUAUCCAAAAGCAAAUCUACACAGUAUCUCAACUUCGAUGAGGACGCCAUGAUAGAGCCAGCCCUGACCAACAUCAGAUGGAGUAUGAAGAAGAAGAACCACCAGAGGUUCAUCAACCCACAGCUGAAGAGACAGAACACCAACGCCAUGUCCCACAGGAAAAGGACCGAGAUCCCAGCGGACCAUAAGAAACCGGAAGACCAGAAUUCCCGGGCCUUCACGGCCUGGCUGCAGUGGUGGAAGACUGACCUCUCAGUCGAGGACUACCUCCGAUACAUCACCAAUCAGGACAAUGACUACCUGUGGGCGGCGUUCCACCUGUACGAUAGUGGCGAUAGUGACGAUGAGGAGGACGAGAGAAGAAGACUGCUCCAGCUACGAGGAGACGAGAGGAAGAAGUCUGUCUGUCUGAGGCGGAGGCAGAAGAUGGAGGCUCUAAAGGGUCAGAAGCAGGAGUACGUGACAGGGGUGUGGAACGUCAACACGGUCCUGCUGGGAGGGCUGUGGAAGGAACCCGAUCUGGAGGAGGAGGAAGAGAGCCCAGAUGAAGAAAUAACCAGCUCUAAACAGAAGGCCUAUAAGAGGACAGUGAGUGUGGGGAGCAAGGAGGCCAGUCGAGGGGGGGUGAUGGGAGAGGGGGACCAGGUCCAGAGCAGGCUGGAGAGGAUCUGGACACUCCUCUGCCUGCCCGACACCUACAGACUGGACAUGGCCAUUAAGUACAGCUCCCACGCACGCAGGGACCAGCUGGAGGAGGCCACAGCAGCAUGGGAGCGCGCUGCCCGUCUCAUCCAGCAGAGAGAGUCUCUGCUGGCUCGUCUGGAGCUGUUUGAGAGGGACGCUUCUGACCCCAACCGCUUCUUCCUGCAAGGCUACCGAGGCACCUCUCUAGCCAGGAUGGAUGAGUCCAAGCACCGGAGAAAACUCAACUCCCAGAUCUGUUCUCUGGAGAAGGUUUUGUCUAAGAUUCUCCACCACAUUACAGACAGCUUCCAUGACACUGUCACCUACAAGGGGAGGCCGUACAGGGAGAAGAUGCGCUGGGACCGCAUCGAGAUGCUCUACUGGCUGCAGCAGGAGCGCCGGGUCCAGGCUCUGGAGAGGGUGGUGGAGGGGAGGGGCUCUCUCCCCACCAGACUGCCCCCCCUCAACCCCAACCUUCAGCUGUACCCGGGCACCCACCCCACCCCCCAAGGACACACCCCGACCCUCAGCCAGAGACCCCACCCUCACACACACAGCCCCUCCAAUCCAACCCAGCCGAGCUCAGUGUAUCCAGUAUAAGUUUGAACGUUGUAAGCAAAUAAAUAAAAUGCUUGGAAAAUUGUUUGUAUGCACUGCUUGGAAGGAUAUAUUAUAUUUGAUAAUUUGUAUGUAUUCAUAUUAUGUAUAAUCCAUGAUCAUUAUCCCUUGUCAAGUAAAUGUAUGAACGUGAUUGGAUAGUAUAUAUGCACUACUAGUAGGUUCAUAUGACAUUGUCAACAUUUGAUAUGGAGAAUAUUUUGUCAUUAAUCAUUUACAUUAUUUUGUUCUGAGUGUGGCAGAAACAUGCAACUCUAAGUGCCAUGACAAAAGGAACGCUGUUUGCACUAUGAGUCUAUUUCGGGUCACUGUUAAGUGUCUUAUCAGUAUUGCCAAGUGCAAUACCAAAGAUACUGAGCUAGCACUGCAGGCCUACAAGUUUACAAUGAACAACAAGCUGUCACGCAUCACCAGGCAGCCUUCUCCCAUCUGCCUAGUUACAGUUAAGCGCAUGCUUUAUCUCACCCUCUCACGUGUGCGCGAAACGCCACCGCAUUGGUCAUUUCAGACCGGGGGAAGUUGUUUUUGUUACAAUUCAGGAAGAACCCUACUCAUUUCAAAAAUAGGUGGGGAUUUUUGUCAGAAUUACAUUAUUUUGAAAGGAAAUUAUUAUAAACUUGAGUACUUAUCGAGUGUGGAUAGCGAGCUCCUGUGUCGAGCAAAUAGAUACAUGUGAGUAAUUGUGUUUCAUUUGUUUCCUUACAACUUAUUACGAGUGAAGUAUGUGCCACCUUCAGUUAAAAAGUGUUGUUCCUAUCUUGUUUUUAUAAACAAACAAUGUUUGUCUGCCUGUGGAAAUAAUAAACGUAUAAAUAGCG